AUACAUCAACUACUUCCAUGGUGUUCGGAAGCGAUUCAUGGUUUUCAUCGAAUCUUUAUCAAUCUGUUCAACGCUUUUGGUCUGCUCAAGUCGCAAAAUUGUACUCCAAGGAACCAGAAAAUUGAUCUUGUUGCAAUUAGAUCCGAUCAAAAGCAGAGAGUUUUUGGAGGAAAUUGGGGUUCCGGAACAAAAGUUGUUCUCCAAUUGAAAAGGGGAAGACUCAAAACCCCUUCAGAAUGGGGGUUUCAUCUUUCGUCGGAGUCGCCAUUACCAUCGCUUUGAUAUCUCUCCUCUUCGCUUUUUAUCCACUCACCAAUAGUCCUCCUGCAUCGCCAUCACCCCCAAGAUUGUUUACAGUAGAAGAUCUUGCUAUAUACAAUGGAACUGAUAAAGGCCUACCCAUCUUUCUUGGAAUUCUUGGGUCGGUGUUUGAUGUAACAAAAGGAAAAUCUCAUUAUGGGAAAGGAGGUGGCUACAGUCACUUUGCUGGAAGAGAUGCUUCCAGGGCAUUUGUUUCCGGAAACUUCACAGGAGACGGGCUAACCGACACUUUAGUUGGUCUAUCUAGCACUGAGGUGAAGAGUGUGGUUGAAUGGAGAGACUUUUACUCCAGGACAUACAUAUUUGUAGGGAAGUUAGUAGGUCGCUAUUAUGAUAGUGAAGGGAACCCCACAAAAUAUCUAAAAGGAGUGGAAGCAAAGGCAGCAAGAGGUGCACAACUAAUGGAGAAGCAAAAGAAGGAAGAAGAAAAAGUUCCUGGCUGCAAUUCCAAGUGGAGCCAGGAUGAGGGUUCCGAGGUUUGGUGUGACCAUGGAUACCCGAGGCUAGUUCAACGACCAUUAGAAAUAGCAUUGACGGGUAAAAUGAGCAAACGUUGUGCAUGCUUUAAUGAAACAGAUUUAGAUCAACCGGGUUCUCCAAAGGAUGAGCCACUGUUCAUCGCAGCUAUAGACCGAGGGAAGAGGCAUCUCCGGUGGCGAGGUGCGAUUCGGUUCGGCGAUCCCGGACCGAAUCCUGAUGAGGCAGAUACGACGUUUUCUUUCAACAUCCCCACCGGCAGGUUUUCUUUCAGGUAUGCACAUAAUCAUCUCCAUCGCGAUCCCAGAAUCUUCGGAUGCAUCUCAGCGAUUGGGAUUAGAUACGGGAAGUACUGUGGCGUUGGAUGGACUGGAUGUCCAGGUGAAAGGCUGUGCGAUGAUCUUGAUGCGUGUUGUCAGAUUCAUGAUGAAUGCGUCGAGAAAAGAGGAAUGACGAAUGUGAAAUGUCACGAGAAAUUCAAGCGGUGCAUAAAGAAAGUUCAAAAAUCGGGAAUGGCUGGGUUUUCUAGAGAUUGCCCUGUUGACAUUGCAGUGCCUACAAUGCAACAGGGUAUGGACAUGGAUAUUUUAUUUAGUCAGUUUGGUAACUCUAAGCUUGAACUCUAA